AUGUCUUCCUUCUUCACAAUACCCAAUGCUCAAAAGAAAAGGAAACGAAGCGAUGCCCCGGAAAUCCCGAAGAAAAGAUCAGCAGUCUCAUCGAAAACUACCACGAAACAGCCACAGCCUGCGAAAAGACCGGAAAGAGAUGAAGAAAUCUCUGGGAGCGAUUCGGACAGUGAGGGGAACCAAUUGGAUGACGAUGUCGGAGAAGCCUCUUCGGAUGACGAUUUAGAGGGGGAAGGGGAAGAGGAGACUGCGGCAGAGCGCAGGUUGAGACUCGCAGAAAGAUAUUUGGAAAAUGUGCGAGAGGAGGUAGCAGAGGACGGUGUUGGAUUUGAUGCCGAGGAAAUUGAUCGAGAUUUAAUCGCCGAACGUUUAGAAGAAGAUGUUGCGGAAUCGAAAGGGAGAAUAUACAGAAAACUGGCAGACGAAUUAGAAUUUGGACAAGCCUCGAGUUGUUAUUUCAAGAAGGAUUCGCAUUCAUUUACGGGUGUAGCUACAUGUGCGCCAUAUGUGUAUACCGUGACCAAGGAUAUGUGGCUGGUCAAAUGGAAGAUACAGGAGUUACCGCGGGACCAAUAUCCGCAAAGGAAGGGCAAGAAGAAGAGUAAGAAGCCUGCACCACCACCGAGGAGAAAGCCUACCUUGGUAGCUUCGGUACGAGGAGACCAAAGAAAAUCGAAAGUCACAUCUUUCAUGGGACAUACCGACGCCAUUAUCAGCGUUGCUGCCUCUCAGGACGGCAAAUUUGUUGUAACAGGCGGCGUGGACCGAAAGAUCAUCGUUUGGAACGCCGCAACCCUUUCACCCAUACGAGUUUUCUCCCAACAUCGAGACGCAGUCACAGGUCUUACAUUCCGAAGAGGCACAAAUCAGUUAUACUCCAGUUCAAAAGAUCGAACAAUCAAAAUAUGGAGUUUGGAUGAAGGUGCAUAUGUGGAAACAUUAUUUGGUCAUCAAGAUGAGGUAGUGGAUAUUGCUGCUCUUGCACAAGAACGCUGCAUAUCAGUCGGCGCCCGCGAUCGUACAGCUCGUUUGUGGAAAGUGGUUGAGGAAACACAACUUGUUUUCCGCGGUGGUGGAGGCGAGAAGAAAUCGCGUCACAAGAAUCCCAAUGAUCUCCGUACCAUCGAGGGCAGUAUCGAUCGUAUUGCCAUGGUUGAUGAGGAUAUUUUCAUUACCGGUGGUGACAAUGGAUCACUUUCUUUAUGGACUGUCCACAAGAAGAAGCCAAUCUACACCCUAACUCUCGCACACGGAGCAGACGAGCCAAUACAACCCGAACAAGCAUCCGCAGAAACCGAACCCAGCAAGAGAAUUGUACCCCGCCCAUCACCCAGAUGGAUCACUGCCCUAACGACAAUCCCCUACUCCGAUGUCGUACUCAGCGGCAGCUGGGACGGUGUAGUCCGAGCCUGGAGAGUCAGUCCCGACCGAAAAACUCUAGAAUCAAUGGGUCCCGUAGGUCGCAUCCCAGAUGCCAUAAUGGAAGGCAGCACAGAAACCUCUGAAUCCCAAGCACCAGCCCGCGGCAUCAUAAACGACAUAUCAGUAUUUGAGCGCGGCGACAGGGGAAAGGACGGCGUCUGUAUCGUCGCGGCGGUAGGCAAAGCCCAUCGUUUGGGCAACUGGCAAAAAGCGCCAGCGGGCAGAAACGGAGCCGUGGUAUUUGAGAUCUCGAGGAAACAGAUUAGUAAUGGUGUAAAUGGUCAUGCAGAAGAAGAUGCGGAGAAGGCAUAA